GCUGCUGGCGGGAGCUCGGCAGGGCGGUGCCUGGCGCGGACCGCCCGGCCCCACCGGCGGAGCAGCCGCGGGAGCGCGGCCCGGGCGACUCGGCCGCGGGCGGUUUUGGCGGCCCUAGCGCCGCGCCCUUCCCCGGCUCCAUGUCGGCGUGGCUCGGCCGGGCGGCGCUGCUGCUGGGGCGGCCGGGCGGCCCCGCCGCCGUCCCCUCGUCCUGCCUGGGCUCACUGCGGGGCCCGCGGUGCUGCUGCCGCCGCCGCCUGGGCAGCCUGCGGGGCGGCGCCGAGGGGCUGCUCCUCCCGCGGGGGUCGCGGGCGCUCGGCACCCACCCCAAGAAGGAGCCGAUGGAGGCGCUGAACACAGCGCAGGGGGCCCGCGACUUCAUCUACAGCCUGCACUCCACCGAGCGGAGCUGCCUGCUGCGGGAGCUCCACCGCUUCGAGUCCAUCGCCAUCGCCCAAGACCCCAUAUCAGCUAGGGGAGGCUGUCAGCAAUAUGGGGAGACCUGGGCACAUCAAGAACCAAAUGGGGCAAGUUCCUCAGCCCAUUCCCAGGCCUACCACCAGAAGGAUGCAGUUCCAGCAGCUAAUUGCCCUAGCAGGAAAUAUGACAGGACACACUAUCUGUGGCCUCCGCUAAUGGCAGAGGCUGCGGGGAAACCCAUCCUUUGCUGCGGCUGCUACGCUGAAGGACGGUCCUCAGAGAAGUUGGAGGUUGCACCACCAUCUCCAGGACAACUGAGACAUGUGUUCUUCCACAAUGCAUUACCUUUUGUAGGGUUUGGAUUUUUGGAUAACGCAAUUAUGAUUGCUGCGGGAACCCAGAUAGAAUUGUCAAUUGGAGUUGUCUUAGGAAUUUCAACUAUGGCAGCUGCAGCUUUGGGAAACCUUGUUUCAGAUUUAGCUGGACUGGGUCUUGCAGGUUAUGUGGAAGCUUUGGCUUCCCGGCUGGGUCUGUCAAUCCCUGACCUGACACCCAAACAAGCUGACAUGUGGCAGACCCGUCUCAGUGCACACUUGGGUAAAGCUAUUGGAGUGACCAUUGGCUGCAUUUUAGGAAUGUUUCCUUUGUUGUUCUUUGGCGAGGAGGAAGAAAAACUGGAAGAAAAAUAAUAAUCUUUUUACAAGACAUAUACAAAUGUAAACUACUGUACCUCAAUUAUUCAAUUAUGCUGUCAAUAUUUAGGAAUUAACAGACAGUAAAAAAAUGUAUAGACUUGGGAACAAAACCUUCAGCAUGUCAUUUUAUGGAAACACUAAUUUAUUGUGGCCUUGUUGUGUUCAGUACUUCUUUUUAUAAGAUAUCAUCUAACUUUUUAUUUAAUUGUAAAUUUUCAAAGUGUUUUCACUUAUGGCAAGAUGUUUACCACUUUCCCCUUUGAAUUUAUUCUUUAAUGGAUUAUUACUUCAAUAAUCCACCAUGGAUGACAGUAUCACUCUUGAGUUGCAUAUUGGUUGCUUAACAGUUGUAAUUGCAUGACAGAAAUAUCACUGGUGUUCAUCAGGUCCUUCAAUGCAGAUUUUUGAGAAGGUCAGUGAUGAGUAAUUUGAAGUCCCACUUUGCAAGGAGACUGGUUGCCCCUCACCAGCCAUCAUUUUGCACUGCCUUAGAUUAGAUAUUUCAGUAUCUUUGACAGUAUAGUUUCAUUUUUUCACAAUUCUGACUUAAGUGUGUCUGAAUUGUCUUCUGAUGAUCAUGUUGAUGCUUUGACAAGGUAAGUGUUUCCAGUGUAGGCUCUCUACCAAGUCCAUUUUUAAAGUGGUAGUUUAACACCUUCUGUACUUCCAUAUUCAUGCCUCUUUUUUCCCUUUCUAAACAGUGUUUUGUGAAUUGAGUUGAAAUAUCCUUAAUUUGUCUUCCUUCAUUUUGGGUGUGGUAUUAAAGAAUUAAGACCAACUGUUUCAAAACCACAAACAACUUUUUUAAUUGUUCUGUUUAAUAUAAGGUGUGAAUAGUUGAUUGGGUAGAUGAGGCCAAGGAACAGUUCAGGGUAUGAAUGAAUGCUGGCAUUGCAAGUUUGUUAUGAGUGGUUCAGUUGAAAUAAUAUGUGAACCAUCAGUCUGGAUUAGAGGACCUGAUUUGAUGAUAAUACCUUUGUGUUUAAGAUUAAGCCUCUGCUACCUUUUUUUUUUCUGAGACAAUUAGUUAAAAAAAAAACAAGCAACAAAAAUAGGAGAACUGAGGCCUUUUUACUUUUUUUUAUUUUUAUUUUUGUAGUCUUACUUGGCAUAGUAUAUACCUGACAGUGCAGCAUCAUGUAACUGUGCUUUUUUAUAUGGUUAUGAAUAAAAUGAUGACAACUAUUGAAUAUUCAUAAUAUUUCAGGAUCUUAAUUGCCAAUAGCAUAAUGCUAAACUGCUAAUUGUCCCUUAGAGGAGAAGGUUUCUUACUUGUUUGAAUACCAUUUGGGAAAGCCACUAAAAAGUGGCACAGCCAAGGCACUUUGAAAGUUUUGUUGCCGAAAUUGCUAGCACUUCUGAAAUCUAGAAACAAAUGUUAAAAAAAAAAAAAAAAAAAUCAAGUCCCCUGAUGAUUUUUAUUUGCUAUAGGAAAAGUCUUCUUGUAACAUGUGUGUUUUACAAAGCUCAUUGCUUAGCUCAUUGUUAUAAAUCUGACUUCUCUGUUCCGAUUUCUAGAAGCCCUUUUACAGCAGUACUGAAACUGACUUUAAUGAAGGUGACACUUGUCUCUGUUUCUUAAAAAGCAGAUGUUGACUUUGCACAUUAAACCAGGAAAAUCUGGACCAAGCUGUAAAACUGAAUGAAAGCUCAGCCAAGCAUCAAACACAAAUGCUGAGGAGUUUCAGCUUGUGCUUCCAAGGUGGAAGCAUUAUUAAAAUAAAAUUAAAUAAUAAUCCAAAUAACAUCACCCCCACAACUCUAACACAAAAAAAACCCCCACCAAAAAUCCCUACCCACAAAAAACAAUCCAGAAAGGCAAUUAUGCACUCUUUCACCAACAGAUUGCUGCUAGUUUACAGUACUUCAGUGUUCAGAGUUUUUUUUACUCAUCCACACAUUUGUCUUGCCUUGAACUUUUAACUUUUCUGCCUCUGCAUGCACUUUUGUUUCUAUACAAAGCUGUAUGUAUUUUUCACAUUUCUCUUAAACUGAAGUACAAGUCAAAGCAAUUUUGCAUUGCUUCUUUUGUUGAUGUUUUUACAAUUACUUCAACACUGUUUCCCAUUACGAUACUGGCAUCUUGAUUGGAAUCUUCCAGCAGUGGCCAAAUCUCUGUUCUUUGGCAUUGUACCAUUGCAACACUUUUCAUCACUCUGUUACAGCUCAUGAGAACAAUUGGAAGGUUGUGCCAGCUGUCACAGUAGUAUUUGUUUCAUAAUGGCAAUAGGAAAGACCGUGUACUAUUGUUAAAUAGCUUAUGCAUGUAAAUUGAGUACCUUUUGUUGCUGUAUGUCAAACUAUUGUACUGCAACCAGUGCUUUUAUUGAGAAUCAAUGAACUAAAGUAUCUUGAAAGAAGUUAAUCAUGUGUCGUCUUGUUAAACUGUUUAGUUGACCACAAAAAUGUGGAGGGCAAGUGACACAUGGUAAGAAAUAUUGGGUAUUUCAGUCUGAUACCAUAAAGAAGAAGGUGACUUCUGGGCUUUCAGUAAUUGAUGAAGGUGAGGAAUAACUUGUGAUGUGAGAGGAUUAGUGGUGCUGUUGGAGGCUCAGAGAAGGUGUUUGUUGGGGCCAAGCUGCCCCCCUGAGAACCAGUUCAGGAUCCACACUUGUGUGGGCAUGGCACUGCUGUGUGUGGAAGAGAAGAUCUGUGCCCUGUCUCUUCACAAGGAGAAUGGGUUUUUCUGGGGUAUAUGGAUGAAAGUAAUCCCUGAUGCUCUGAUCACACUUACUAAAAACCUCACUGAGAAAACACAGUCCCCUUUACUUUCUGGUAUCUUCUUCCUCCUUGAUAAAAGGAAAAACAAAACACUGCAGGCUUGUUAAGUGACUUCAGUAUUGCUCUAUUUUUUUUUUUUUUAUUCUAUCAGUUUGUCCUGUGUUAACAGGAAUUUCUUUUGCCUUGAAGGGCUGGUAGACCCGAAAUAGUGUUUGAAAUACUGUCUUCUAUUGUAAUUUAAAUUAUAAAUGUAUUUUGACUGUAUGUUAUCUCUAGGAACGAAGAACGUGCAUCUGAUAAUAGGGUUACCCAAAUCUUCUUGCCAGUAUUUUCUCAUGUGUGUACUUUUACAUAAAUUAUUUGAAUUCAGACAACAUAUUUUGUAUUGUCUUUAAUUAAAUUGUUGAACUUUCUGUAAACUUUUGUACUACAGCAAA